AUGCAAGGUGGUGGCAGCACCAUUGCGCUAUACUGACAGAUACUUUAGUCAACUUGUGGCACCGUAGGUAGAAAGCUCUGUUUAAUAAACGUCACGUUUCAAUUAUUUUCUUAAAGACAUAAAUUAUUUUUUCAAUCCUUUUUGCUUAGAAUAUUGGUGAUAAUGUGCAGUCUCGUAUAACUAUCUUUGAAACCUGAGGAAACACCGAACAAAAUCUUGCACGCAUUGCACUUCUAUUAACAUUAUUUAUACAGUAAAAAGGAAUGUAAAUUCAUUAAUAGAAAGAAUGGUAAAAAAGCGCGUAAAGUAAAUCUUAAGGACUAGAAAUUCAAACUAAAGAUUUCGAAGUGCCGAGCGAAUAUUUAAAUUGACUUUGCAAGUAAACACUCGAAAUAUUCACGACUAACUACUGCACGAGUUUAUUUUUUCCCCAUAUGUUCUUCAUAUGGGGCAAUUUCCUUACAUAACAUCUGCAAUCAGCGUGAAUCUCCCAAACACAUAAAACAUUUACGAUGCGACCGUGUAAUGUCAUCCAGUUCCAGUUUUUCGAAGAAGCAUUCAAGAUGCGAUUAUGAUGAAGAUUUCCAGUUCUAAUAUUUCCCACGCGCGAUGCAUUUCAACGAGGAAAGUAAGCAUGCAGGAAGGAAGAAUAUUUUGUAUACUUAUACACGGUAAUAUAGUAGUACCGCGCCUAACAGUGCCGUGACGCAAAUUCGUCGACAACUGUACAUAUUAGUGUUGUUUCGAAUUACUGAAUUGUACUAAUAUUGAGAAGAGCAUUAAAGGAGUACCGCUAUCGUGCUGUUUACCCAAGAAAAGCGGAAACAUUCGUUUUAACGGCCGCAGAAAUGUUUCUUAUUUGACGCACACGCGACAUUCGCGACGAGCAUAUUCCUUAUCGGUCCGAUUUACGAAAAUAUAGUUGACUCAGAACAAACAAAUUUCGUUCACCUGAAAAAAGAAUUAUGGCUACAAAAUCAAACGGCACGAAGGAGUGGAAUACCGCUAGAAUGGGUAUUUCUCUGCUGUUGAAUAACAAAACGGAGGAAGCGGAAGCCCUAUUUACCGGACACCCGCAUAGUUUUCACAUGAAAGCAGGUCGCUGUUUUGUCUUAUUCAUGAAUGCACUGAUGACCUUUGAGAACGAUAAGCUUCAGCAGGCUAUGCUACUGCUGAAGGAUAUGGAAAGGGAAUGCGCGAGUGACAUAGGAUGGUUAAAGUCUAUGAAGAGUAAAGUCUUCAAAGCAGAAGAAACAGGCAAGGACUACGUGAAUAAAUUGGAGAGGCAAAUAGUUCUCGCAGACUCGCAAGUUUGUUCGGCGAUAUUAACGUUACUACAACAAGAACUCACUGGUUACGUACGUGGUGGUUGGAUGUUACGUAAAGCUUGGCGAGUUUAUCAGCAUGCACACUCACAAAUCUUGCAGUUAUAUCAGCGCACAUUUGGUUCUAAUCCAUCGGGAUUCGACACAAGAUGCAGCACUCCUUCGUGUAAUGGCUCCUCUUACUCACUGCAAAGUCCACAUAGUCCAGGUUCCUCGGAAUGGUCUAUACCAUCUUGCAACGGUUCAACAAACAACCCGACACCGAUCUCAUCCCCCUCAGGUCUGCGAAGCUCUCUAUCAAUGUUCUUCUCGCUCACUGGCAUCACGUCCGAACAACAGACACCCUUCGUUGAACCAUCUGAGGUCUCCCGGUUGAUGUCAGCGGUUAGUUUUGGUUAUGGGAUUUAUCAACUCUGUGUCAGUUUAUUGCCGCCUUCUCUUCUAAAAGUGAUUCACUUUUUGGGCUUCGAGGGCGACAGAGAAGCAGGAAUCACUGCGCUCAUGUAUGCACGGCUUAGCGAAGAUAUGCGUGCUCCUCUUGCCACCUUAUCCCUACUCUGGUACCACACAAUUGCACGUCCAUUUUUUGCCCUUGAUGGAAGCAAUCUACGGGCUGGUGUAAAUGCCGCGAAACAAUUAAUCGCGGAGUGUCAUUCAGAAUUUAGCAAUUCGGCGCUCUUUCUAUUUUUCGCUGGUCGAAUAGAGAGGCUCGAGUCAAACGUAAAUGGUGCUCUGCAAGCAUACGCGAAGGCUGUCGAAGCUUCGAGUCAAAGAGAGAUCAAAUUAUUGUGCCUACACGAGGUGGCCUGGUGUCAUCUGAUUCGUUUAAGUUACGAAGAAGCUUACCGAUCUUUGACACAAUUGCAUCAACAAUCCAGGUGGUCGGUGAGCUUCUACGAUUAUUUAGCAACCGUCUGUUGCGGGGCGAUUGGUAAAUUCGAUAUCGUGGCCUCGUCUUAUCGAAAGGUCCACCAUUGUGACAAUCGAAUGAGUAAAGAGACUCAAUUGGGUUUGUUCGUCUUGCGUCGAACUCCUAAACUUGUGGAUCUGAAAACUGGCCAGCCUUAUACCGUUUUGUACUACAGACUGCUCGUGUAUGAAUUAUUGUAUUUGUGGAACGCGAUGCCAUCGUGUUCUGUGGACUCGUUGCAAGGAAUACUUUUAGGCCCUUCAAAAGAUCAAACCUGUGAUUAUGAGUACGAUCCGAUGAACGUUCGAAACACGUACUGCUGUGCAAAUGGAGGAACCUGUCCAGCUGCUAUAUUGAAUUCCUCUCGCCAAUCUCCUUGGUACUGUAAAUUCAUCAAACCAUUUGUAUUUUGCAUUAUUACGUCGUUAUUAGCUAUGUCCGUGUCUCAUUUGUGCGACAAAUACUCAGCCAGUACGACGUUCAAGAUAAUCAGAUCCGACUUGGUGAAUCUGCGAACGCAUUUGAAUACCCUUUCGAUGGAAGUAAAGAACGUAAUGGAAACGCGAGACGAUUUAAAGAGUAAGUUGAAAGAGAUUGGAUACGUGAUACCAAAAAUGUCUGAGGCCAUUCUCUAUUUAAGAAACGAAGUGUCCGAGGGAAUGGAACAGCAUACGAAAACAUUGUUGAAGGUUAUGUCCCCAGAAACUGUCCGAGAAUUGGUAAAGAGCGAACUGCAAACGUACGACGCUGACAAAACCGGAAGGACAGAUUACGCGCUCGGAACUUCAGGCGGAGCAAUCCUCUCGACGAGAAAGACAGAAACGUACUCGGCUGGUGCACCGGUACUGAAACUUUUUGGGAUACCAAUUUGUCAGCAACAAAACACACCUCACGCUAUAAUUCAGACUAGUGUUCUUCCGGGUGAGUGUUGGGCAUUUAAAGGCAGCAGUGGAAGCGUUGUUAUACAGUUACUCGGUUUUGUACAUGUGUCUGGAGUAAGUCUGGAACAUAUUCCACAGUCGAUUUCUCCUACAGGGGAAACGAGCACCGCUCCAAAACAAUUUUCUAUUCUGGGUUUAACCAGCGUAGAUGAUACAAAUUCUUUCUUUUUUGGUGAAUUCACGUACGAUAAUACUGGUCCUCCUGUACAAUAUUUCGAAGUUCAGAACAAACCAAAGAAAGCAUACGAAAUAAUCGAAUUAAAGGUUCAUUCCAAUAGUGGUAACAAUGAAUACACCUGCAUCUACAGAAUAAGGGUUCACGGUACCCUAAGUAAAAAGAGUAGGUAAUUUUCCCUUAAAUAAUUAUUUAAUGAUCGAAAGAAGAAAUUUUGGGAUGGUAUUUGCGACCAAAGGGACUUGGCUAGAUGAGAAUUCCAAGAGAUUAUCGACGUAGUGUAAUUGUUAAUAUAAUAUCGAUUUCGAUAAGAUUUUCGUAUGUAAGGUAUUAUAUAUACUUUAUUAUAUAGUAAAUAAAGACAUAUAUAAUUUU